AUGGAGCUUGCACCAAUGGACAAGCAACCGAACGGGAAGUCACGUUCGUCGUCGACGGAUGAAUUAGGAGAAAGGCAGCAUACUGACUGGAAUUCGGUGUUGAUGGCCGGCUUCGUCACGUUCUUGUCAGCAGUUGAGAACACCGUGGUCGGAAUGUCUGAAUGGCCAUACAUGCAUACGAUAGAUCCCGACGCUACGUCACAAUUCUUCGGACUAGUCUCUUCAGUGUCCAAGCUAGGUCAUGCUGCUUUCGCGAUCUUGUUCGCCUUCUGGGCCUACAAAACACAUAGUAUAAAGUAA